AUCUAGUCUUCGGACAAGUGCAACGCGUUGAUGUCGCGGCGUUAUCGGGAAAGCGCGCGAAAAGCGGCCCUCGCCUCAGUAGCCUCGCGCCCUCCGGACGAGAUGGUCGUCGCGCGCGCGCUCGGCCUCGCCGCGAUCCUCGCGCUCGCGUGCGCCCACCUACCCUCGCACGACAACAUACUGCGAAUACAACUAUGGGACGCCGAGGGAUUGACUAGGGAGCCCGUCACCGCUGCGCCGGCAAGAAAAAAGUUGAAAGUCAACUUGGAUUCGCUCUACAAAGCCAUGCUUGAGGAAGACGGCGGUGAAGUUGGGAGAUUCACCAGACAUAAAGUGCGGCAUAAGCGUCGACGGCCGCGCGAACUCCAGGAAAAUAAAGUCCCGUGGCGAUUUCAUGAAGGGAACACUUCGUUAAACGUUAUUGAGUAUGAGGGCGAUGAGCCUCCAGACUUGUGGUCUCUGGACAGUGCAGUGAGUGAGAGUGCUUACGUGAAUGAACGUCCCGAGCCAGAUCCACCGAAGGCUUACCGGCAGGAACAGGACCAAGACGAAGAAAUCAAAAAACAGCUGCCAGUCGUGCCAAAAUGCUGCGACAGCGGUCAGAACCUCACGUUCACAAUGCAGGAUGGGGCGGCGCGGUCAGUCUGCGCGCGGAGCAGCCUGACCUUCCAGCCUGUCUUUCACAAGGCCAACGAGUCUCACAUCUGGAGCUAUGACAGCAACGUGUUUGAGACCAUCGUGGGAAACCCCUGCGCCUACGACAGAUACAAACUGGAACCAGAUAAAAUCAGCGAAGACGAGUUCUACCUUCUCGUCAACGGUUCCCUCUUCGUCCCAUUCAGCAAGCCACCCUUACUCAGCACCAAAGACUUCUGCAUGGAGACCUUUUACAAUGAGUCUAAUCCCGCGGGGGUCACGUUACCUUUGGUGUGUUUCUCUCAGCCUGUGGAAACGGCGAAGACUUCUACUACACUCAUACUUUAUGCAGUGGGUUUACUAAUCUCCGUGCCAUUUCUGCUGGCAACGGCGUGCGUGUACACAUUCAUCACAGAGCUGCGAGACACGCAUGGCAAGGCUCUGGCAUGCCAUUCUACAUGUCUGGCAAUAGCCUUCUCCUGUCUGGCGGCUACGCAACUGGCGGGCCAUGCAUUUCCUGCCUUAGCCUGUACUAUCAUGGCGUACCUCAUCCAGUUUUCGUUCGUCUCCUGUUUUUUCUGGUUGAACGUUAUGAGCUUCGAUAUUUUUCUAAAUGUUAGGCGAUACCUAAACUCCUCUUUAAGCAGAAGAAGCAUGCGUCGCCGCUUCGCGUGGUACUGCGCGUACGCGGUGGUGCUACCAGUGAUCUUAUUGGUGGUCACCAUCAGUAUGGAGCUGUCGCCGGCCGUGCCCAGCACUUAUCUCAAGCCUAACUUCGGGGUUAAGGGCUGCUGGUUCAAAACGGACCAAGCAGCCCUACCCUACUUCUACGGGCCCGUGGCGGCCAUCUUGCUCAGCAACCUCGUCAUCUUCGUGUGCACGUCGCGCGCGUUCGCCAAACACUAUGACAAACUGAAGGAUAUUACGCCACUAGACUUGGCCCAUUCGGACUUCAGUACGACGGACGACUGGGUGCGCCUGGGCACGGUGUUAGGGCAGCCACUGGCUGUUUCAGAGCGCUCGCCCACGAGAGAUAGCGGCGGGUUCACGCAGCGGUUAAAAAAGUAUAGAAAAAUCUUCCGUACGAGCUGCUUGCUCUCCGUCAUCAUGGGUCUCUCCUGGGUGCUGGAGGUGGUGUCCUGGUGGGCGGGCGCAGGGUCCAGCUCCGUCUCCGUGUGGUCGGUGUUCGACAUCAUCAACGCUCUCCAGGGCGUCGUCAUUUUUGCCAUGUUCGUGCUGCAGCAGCCUGUGCGCUCCUACGUGAAGCACACCGACAUCAUCAAUGCUCUCCAGGGCGUCGUCAUUUUUGCCAUGUUCGUGCUGCAGCAGCCUGUGCGCUCCUACGUGAAGCACACCGACAUCAUCAACGCUCUCCAGGGCGUCGUCAUAUUUGCCAUGUUCGCGCUGCAACAGCCUAUACGCUCCUACGUAAAGGUAGACCUUUCCCAACCUAGGUUUAGGUUGGCGUUAGAUCUCUCCGUCAUCAUGGGUCUCUCCUGGGUGCUGGAGGUGGUGUCCUGGUGGGCGGGCGCAGGGUCCAGCUCCGUCUCCGUGUGGUCGGUGUUCGACAUCAUCAACGCUCUCCAGGGCGUCGUCAUUUUUGCCAUGUUCGUGCUGCAGCAGCCCGUACGCUCCUACGUGAAGCUAUCAAAGUUCUGCCAGUUCUGCCGACGAAGAAGGGACGGUUCAGAAGUGUCUGUGGUCAGUGCAAAGUGCAGCGUUGGCUCCGGCAGGAGAGACUUCGUGUAAAAUGUGUAUCUACUAGUUUAAGAACUGGAAUGGU